AUGAACGGCACUUCGCAUUCGAUUUGGAAUGAGAAUCCGACGUUUUACCGGUUGGCGAAGCGAUUCUACUCUGCCCUCCUCACCAUCAUCUAUCCGUUCGCCCAUUAUUGUGUGCUCCGCAAAUCACCGAAAAAUUUCGGGGCUCUCAAGUGGGUCAUCUACUUUCACACUGUUUGGUAUGCACCUUUUUGUUGAAUAUUUGUUGAACAUUUUAGACGUUUACAGUAUAACUUGUGAAUGGUUAUCCAACGCUUUUCUCAUAGACAUUUUCGCUUUUCAACCGACGGUUGUCAUCCGAUUAGAUGGCCUUUUGAGCGGAUCUUUCGAUGCUGUCACUCUUUUCAUUUGGUACACUUUUAUCGAAGAAAGUGGGUUUUUGGACACAGCAUUUUAUAAAUGAAAAUGUAUCGAACAACUUUUCAGGCACCUCCACUUCGGCCCUAAUUCUGUUCACGAGCCGUCUCAUGCUGAUAGUCAACAUGUACCGUCCGUACCGUUCCUACAAACGCUACUUUCUGGAAUUUCUGGUCUACCUACUGGUGACCGCCUUCGGAAUGUGGUCCACAGCAAUUACAAUAGCACACCUACCCGAUCAGGCUACGGCUAAAAAUCAAAUGAGUCAAGUGAGCGAUUCUUAGUAAAAGAGAGCUAAAAGUUGAGGUUUUCAGGAAGCGUUCUAUCCGGACUGCCUCUUCGAGCCCUCUACCAUCGUCGUCAGUGAUACGAAUUCGGGAAGUGAGGGAUGGAUUGCCGUCCUGACGAUCGUCAACUGGAUCUCUAUCGGAAUCGCCAUUUUCGCGUCCGCCAAAAUCGCUUUCUGGAUGUUGUCGCGAAGAAUGGUGAACGAGUCGGAGACGACGAAGAAAAUGCACCGAAAGUUCAACCAGAGGACAAUUUUUCAGGUUAGAAAGAAGUUUGGAUGGAUAUCAUACAGUUGCGAAACGUCCCGAGGACGCCAAAUUUGUUUUACAAAACAUUCACACCCCGUAUUUUACUUUUGCAGUUGACAACUUUUUUCUGCGAUCAUCCUGGGGAUUGCUGUAGCGCUUGGAAGUUUGCAAUGAAAUGCAGUAGCUAAUGUGGACCUUAACUUCAAAGCGCUAUAACACUCCAAGAAGAGGUUGUCAAGUACAAAAAUAUUGUACUACAUACAAACUUCUCACAAAAACACUUUGAGAUCCAUAGGACACUCUGCAACUGUACAAUAUCCAUUCAAAGUUUUAAAUGUUCUCAGGCGGUCGUGUACCUCUCGUUCGCGUCCAUUCCGUUCACGGCCCUCUACACCACCAUCCUGUUCGAAGUUUACAUUCCGGGACUCUCGUACUUUAUCGAUUUCUUCUCGGAAAACCACCCGACCGCCUGCGCCGUCACUCUAUUUCUCUAUUAUGAUCCGUACAAAUCGUACCUGUUCGAAGUGCUCAGAGUUCGCAAAUCCAGUAUAGAUAUGGGCAAGAGUUCGACGAUUCUCGUGGAUAAAUCACCCACAUUUGUUAUUCGAAAUUGA